CUUGUCACCUGACAGGAGGGUGGAGAGGCAGACAGGUAUAUAGCCCCUGCCUCCCCAGCCAGGCCAGGCACAAACGGCAAGGGCAGGCGCACCUACUCAGUACAUUAAGGGAACAAGAGGUGCGAGCAGGACCUCAAGAGGACCAGGCCACCCUCCCCGCCAUUACCGCCAUGAAGCUGCUUGCGAUGACUGUGCUGCUUGUUACCAUCUGUACCCUUGAAGGGGCUCUGGUUCGGAGAGAGGCAGAAGAGCCGAGCCUGCAGAGCCUGGUCUCUCAGUACUUCCAGACCGUGACCACCUAUGGCAAGGAGCUGAUGGAGAAGGCCAAGGGCCAAGAGCUGCAGGCCCAGGCCAAGGCUUACUUCGAGAAAACACAGGAGCAGCUGACACCCCUGGUCAAGAAGGCUGGAAGUGAUCUGAUUAACUUCUUCAGCAAUUUAAUGGACCCCAAAACACAGCCUGCCGCCAAGUGAGGUGUCCAGACCAUUGUCUUCCAUCCCCAGAUGACCCCUAGAACACCCACUGGCCAGGCCUAGAGCCCCUCUUCCUACCCACUCCUGUUUUCUACAAUAAAUAUUGACGGAGUCAA